UAUAAGGAUUUCCUUAUCAACACCUUGUGUCUGUCACCUCAUGAUCAUCACCAUGAACACCUUUGCUGUCCUCGUCUGCCUCGCCGCCGUCGCCGCUGCCUCCCCGCAGUUCAGGGCUCCGACUCGACAGACCUUCCAGGACGAGCGUCAGGUGGCCAUCUUGAGGGACGACCGCCAGGAUUCCGGCGACGGCAACUUCAACUACAACUUCGAGGCAGAAAACGGAAUCAGCGUUUCUGGUUCGGGAGCUCCGGGAUCUGAGGGCCAAAGCAACAUGCAAGGCAGCUACAGAUUCACCCUUCCCGACGGAACUAUAGCCGAAGUGAGAUACGUCGCCGACGAGUUCGGAUUCCGCGCCGAAUCCCCCCUCAUCCCCACCGACCACCCACUCCCCGCCCACGCCAUCGAGCAGAUCCGAGUUGCUGAGGAACAACGGCGUCGCGGAAUCACCUUCUAAAUUGGAGACCUAUAUCUAUAAAAUCUUCAUGUUAAAAAACAUUAGAAAAUGUUACAUAUGAUUAUGUAAAUACUUUUAGCUGCAGCACUGUAUGCUUCAUCGUCAACAUUAAAAUCAUACCAUAGAA